CCGGCCAUUGGCGGCGGCGGCGCCCGGGCAGGUGCUGGUGAGCGGUGGGGCCGCAGCGCAGUAGCGGCUGCGGCUUCUUCCCGGAGUGGGGUGCCCGUGCGCGUGUCCGGCGGCUCCCCAUACCCUCCUCCGGCGGUCCGCAGUCCCGCCGACGUGGCUCUGUGCCCAUGUUGCCGGCCGCCUUCCAUCUUGCUGCAGCCCCCGGAUAUUCCUCAUAGUUGUUCACAUCCAGUGCAGAGUAUAUAAUGGGGAGAAAACUGGAUCUUUCUGGCUUGACUGAUGAAGAAGCUGAGCAUGUGCUGCAGGUGGUUCAGCGAGAUUUCAGCCUUCGUAAGAAAGAAGAAGAAAGGCUGAGAUAUCAUGCAUCUUUUGACAGAGACGGAAUAAUGAUAGCUGCUGAACAAAAAUACCUCUUUGUGUUCACAAAGCAAUUUCAACAGAAGAGUGGAAUGAAGCAGAAGUUGGAUGAAGAGGGUAACAAGUGCAACAUCCUUUCCAAGCAGCAGAAGUUCAAUGAGCACUGCUGUAUUCGCUGCUGUUCCCCUUUCACCUUUCUUAUCAACAGCAAGCGACAGUGCCAAGAUUGCAAGUACAACAUCUGCAAGAGCUGCAGCUCUUACCAGAAGAAGGAGAAGGCUUGGAUUUGCAGUGUCUGCCAGCAAGCAAGGCUCCUGAGGACCCAGUCUCUUGAUUGGUACUAUAAUAAUGUGAAGAGCCGCUUUAAGUGUUUUGGAAGUGCCAAAGUCCUGAAGAACUUAUACAAGAAGCACAGACUGGAAAGUGGAGUUUGUCUUGAUGUAAUAGAAGGAUGUUUUUUUGAAGGGAGCUUUGAAAAUGAAGGAAGCAUUUGUGGCAGUGACUCUACAUUCUACAGACAGACAGAAGGACACAGCAUGAUGGAUACCCUUGCUGUGGCCUUACGUGUUGCAGAGGAAGCAGUAGAAGAAGCUAUUUCUAAGGCAGAGACCUACAGUGACAGUCUGGACAAGCAGAACGAGGCUUGCUACUUGCAAGAACACAAGGAUGACCUCAUAGAAGAGCUGGCCACAACCAUCGUGCAAAAGAUUUUAAAGAAGCAGAAAAGCAAAAUGGAGCAGGCUGAAGCUGACUUUGAAUUGCCACCAUCCAGGAGCAGUGGCCUGGCAUCCGUUGCUGUUUCAGAUCAGAGUAUGCUGACUUUUCCAGGGAGUCGCAGGGGAUCCUACACAUUAUGGAGGUCUCACUCUGCAUUUUCCCUGGCUGGUGAAGAUAUGCCUAUUAAAGGACUAGACCCUGCAUCGUCUGUGUCUGAGGCUCUUUGGAGGCAGCAGAAAGGACAAUUCAGGAAACAGAAAGAACGCAAGCUCUCUGCAUUACCCAGCUGGAAAAGUGUGGACAGGAUAAAUGAAACAAAUCCUCCUCCUGUUUUACAAAGCACUGAUGGGAACUGGGUCGCUUUGCAGAAUGUUACUUUGCCUCGUCCUCGAAUGCUUGCCAAACCAAAGAGUCAAGUAUUUGAAGCUUUGGAGAAUGAAUCCAGUGUUGUGUCCGCAUAUGAUGAGAUGGGCUCAAACAGCGAGGAUGACUACGACUGGAAUGUGGCCUUGAAAAAGCUGCAUCGAAGACCUCGGCAAUUACCAGAUCAUUUCUAUUAUACCAGUUCCCAGUAUGAUUCUGAGUGGGUUUAUGGUAAUGAUCAGUACCAGGCAGUAAACUCACCUUCCUCUGGGUUAUAUACCAAUACUGAGACACUGUUCUCUGAUUCUGAAACAUCUUCAGUAAAUUCUUCCCAGGAAGCUAAAGGACCUAGCAAACUUCUCUGGUUACAAAGCAGAACUCAGAGUGAUGUGCCCAGAACGGAAAAAAAACAUUUCCACGGAGAACUGGAUGUAAAUUUCAAUCCACAGGCAACCAGCUUGGAAUAUUUGGAUUGCAGUGAGACUGAAGAAGUCCAUUAUGAUUUAGAAAAGAAAUCAAGAAGGUGGAGGAAGAACAAAAUCUCAGAAGAGAUAUGUGAAGCAAAAAAACACACAAAAGCCAACAUGAAGAAUUUAUGUCAGGAUUUUGGUGAUUUAUCAGAAACAGAUAUAAGCAGUGAGGAUCAGCAUCAUAAUAUCAAGCCUGACCUUAUGGAAGAGAAGCUUAAAUCCAGGUUAUUUCAGCUUGGAGCUAAAAUGAGUGACAAGGAAACAUCUUCUGAUGAAGAACAAGAGUCUGAACCUAGAACAGACCCUGAAAGCUAUAAGGAGAAUUUGUCCUCAGAAGAAAAUGGAAAAAGUAUUCAGGAAGAGUUAAAGAAGGAAAAACAAAAGACUUUUGAUCUUCAUUUAAAGCUGCAGUUUUUAUCCACUGUGUUGCAGCAGAAGUACUCUGCUGUCUCUCUCUGCAACAUAUCUACAGAGGUCCUGAAAGUCAUCAACGCCACUGAGGAACUGAUCACAGAAUCCACCAGUCCCUGUGAUUUCCCAGAUGAUGCUCAGGACAAGGGAAGAGGGACGUUCCCACUGGGAACAGACUCCAUCAGACUUGAUGAGCAGCUCACUACCCUGGAAGAAAACGUGUACCUGACAGCUGUCACGGUGUAUGGGCUGGAGGGGCAGCUGACCAGCCUGGAGGAUGCAGCACGCAAGAUCAACAGCGUUACAGCAGAGUUGGAGCUGGCUGAGCUGGAGGAUCAGGUGGCCACAGCAGCCGCCCAGGUUCAUCAUGCAGAGCUUCAGAUUUCAGAUAUUGAGAGCAGAAUAUCAGCUCUCACUGUUGCAGGCUUGAAUGUGGCUCCAUGUGUUCGCCUGACAAGGAAACAGGAUCAAAAGCAAACAAACCAGAUGCAUACAAUAGACACAUCAAGACAGCAGAGGAGGAAACUUCCAGCUCCGCCAAUAAAAGGUGAAAAAAUAGAUGGUUCUCCAAUUACCACUAUCAGAACAUUUAAUAGAAACUUCAUGCUUCAAGGCUCUCUAACGCAAAGAACUAAAGAGAGGAAAAGUACUGCCAAGGACUUAAUGGAACCUGCUAUAGGAUCAGCUGUGAUGUACUAAACUUACACUUCUCUACUGCCAAUAACACACUGCCUAAGGCUGUACACUAGAGUGCCUUUACUUAACAGCCAUUGUGUAUGUCCAGCUGAAAAUGGACCCUCAAGAACCCACAAUGCCUCAGUUAUAGGGCUUCGUUUGGAUACCUCACUGAGAAAGCUGUCCAAGUCUUCAGCAUUGUGGUCUGCUAAAGGAAACUCUGCCUUAAAGUUCUCACAAGACUCUAGAAAGGAUGCUGAGUUUCAAAAGCAAGGCUCCACAUUUUAAGAUGCACUUUUUCUCCCCAUAGAUUGUACUAAAAUAUGUUAUCUUUAAACUACAGUAUGUUUUUGUACACUCAGUCAAUCAUAAUUAUAGGCCAAUAUUUCAUUCAAAAAGAAUGAACAAAGCAGACCUGUGAUCCACAUUUUCUGGCCUCUUAAUAUUCAUGUAGGCAUCUGUCUUGUUGAGCAAUAAGAACAACUCUGUGCAGUGUAUGCUGCUUUUCAGCUACUUGGUGGGAGUGGAGAAUCUAUGUACCUAGCUCUGCUCUCCAGGAGACAGUGGAAGUUUAUACAAGGUUGGUAGGAGGAGAUUUGAUAUGCAAAGACUUCUCUGUUCUCUGAAAAUACAUUUGGCAGAGUUAAAUUUUCUAGCUCCAGAGCUAGGUAUUUUGCAGUUGGUGGCAGGGGGGAAUGUGGAUGUCUUGCUGAGCCAUGAAUUGGUGGUUAACAGCACAUGUGGACCAGAUGUAUGUUGAGUUACAAUCCCAGCAUUUGGAUGCAUCUGAACACCGUUGUGAAACGAACAAAUUUGUCUGUCUCCUUCUUGGUAUCAUUGUCCCCUUGAUGGCGUCUAACCACGCUGUAGUUGAGAAUAAAUUCUGACCAAAUCUUUAAGACUGCAAAAAGAAAGUAAAAGCAUUGUGGAUGAGAUCUCUGCUGACUGGCUGAUGGCUGCAGGGUGGCUACAAAUUAUAAGAGAUUCCCUUUGGCCACUUGCUUUUCUGAGGAGGGGACAAAUGUAGCCUAGAAGUCUUUUCCUUUACUUGUCUGUAGCCAUCAUGGAGUAGCUGGGGCUUGUCACUGGUGCCAUGUGCACCCCACUACCAUUGGACCACUCUGAAUCAGAUUGUGGACAGUGAAAUUUCUUUCAUUUCCUGAGACCCUUAAAAGGGGAGCCAAACCCUGGAAGGCCCUUGAUCAAAUGCCCAGGAGUGAAGAUGCCAUUUACAGAGUGUUCCUCUGGCCCUUUGGGGGGAGGGCCUUGCCAAUUUGUGGUACCUUUUGCUCUGGGGAAUACAAAGGAGGUUUUUAGAGGAGGUGAUUGUGAUAUUCUACAUCAAAUGCAGUGCAAGUAGCCAAAUGCAUUCUGGACUGACGUGAAAUCAUGCUGUGAAGGAGGGCAUGAGCUGGUAAGUUCCCCGUCAGCGCUAAGGAGUAUUGGGCCAGAGAACACCUCUCUUCAGUGAGAUGUCUCUAUCUUUUGCUGGUACUAGUUAGUGGGCUCUGGGGUUGCACCUGGCUGACUUCAUGGCUUUUAUUUUAAAUUGCUGUUAAAGCAUACAGAAAGCUCAAGACAGGAAACACUGAAAAAAAAAAUCAGACUGGUCUCAAACAGUUUGUUCCAAAUUUUCAGUCCACUCAGAAGACAGUAACCUGAUUUUCAGAGCUGGCAGUGUGCUUUCUCAAGAGCAGCGGGUACUAGGAGAGGAGGAGAGCUGCUUCUUUCCCCGGGUUCCCAGCUAGCAGAGCACCCACAUGUUACUUGCUAGCUGGCAGGAACAUGGUCCCCUGGGACACUGGGCCAUGACAUGCUUGUGCUUGGGCAAGUAUGAGCAAAACUUGGCAAAUCUCUUGACUACAUUGGGGUUUGGGGAUCAGGUGGGGUUGGUAAAAGAUGGCAGGAUGGGAUGGUUGGGAAAACAGUUCCAGUUACAAAUCUGUCACCUAUAUUUGAAGCCAAGUUUGUCAGCAUACUUAUGUCCAGCUGUAGGUAAGGAACUGUCAGAAUAUAUACAGCCAUUUUCUCACCUAGAAGACACAAAUGUCACUCUAUCUCUUUGAUGAAUUUCCAUCUGCCAAAGGUCUGACUCGAUAUGUUUAUUCUGGGUGAAAUUAUGCCUUCUCUUACUCUCACACAAUACUAGUUCUCUGGAACUGGUUUGCACAGAUGUGAGGGCAGAAUUUGGCCCGCUCUGUUUAAUAUAUAAAUAUAUAUAUAAAAGAUAGAUUUUAUUUAUAUAUGCAAUCCAGUAAAGGAGAUUAAACAGAGUAGGACGCUUAGGAAUUUUCUUUUAUUCAGUCUCCUCCUCCUCCCUUGACUGUUCUCAUGUAUGUAUACAACACAUUCCCAGGUUCUGGUUUAUGCAGGUAUGUGUGUUAUGAAAUGUCAUUAAUGGUGGUUGGUCUACAUAUUCAUCUAAUAAUAACUAAUGUUGUGUAUGUAAUAUCAAUGCAGAAAUUACUAAUUUUAAUAGAAUAACUCUUUGGCUUUUGUUCUGUUAGUGUGAUAUAAAUAAGCCAAUAAAGUUUGGAAUAGGUUAUUUUCCUUAAGAGGCAUGAAAAACAACUAUUAUCAUGUUACAAUGUUAAAAUAUUCAGUCUUCUUUGACAGAAAAAUGUGUACUGUGUAGGCAUUGCAAAAAGAAAAAAGAGAAAAAGAAAAAAAAUCCUACCUGCUAUAAGGCAUUUGAAUUUUUACAAACGUUUAUUGUGCCAAAUAUGUGCAAAGAUAUAAUUUACUGUUUAAAAAAAUCAUAAAAACAUGUUAUAGCACACAAAGAAUUAUUUUGUCAUCGAGUUAUUUCAAUUUUUAGUGUUAAUAUUUAUAUUUAGAUUAUUUUUUAUAAAUGAAAAUAUUUUAACAGGUAAAAUGAAGACUAUAUGAUCUAUUUGAUUAAGUCUGAGUGAAUAUAAAGCUUGCCUUGUUGUUGUUAUCAGCAUACUCACCAAGAAUUAUUGUCAAGAAAAUUAUAUAAAAGAGUAAAAGCAAUUUAUGAAAAGAAUGCCUUUUUCAAGGACUUAAUUCAUAAAGAAAACACAGACGUUUUCCUCUGUGGUGUGGAUUUAUGUGCCCUUUUGGUCAAGAAACAUGCUGACCAUGCUGCUGCAUGCAGCUCUUCAGGUACUGCCACAUCACAAACCAUCCAUUCUCUGUUAAACAGGAGAUGGGCAACUCCAGAGUCACCUUGUUCAGUUGAGAGGAGGAAUAUGCAUUAACACACUUGGUUCAGGUUGUUUUUGGCUGGGUUGGUGCAAGAGGGAUCCUGCUAAGAAUAUUUGAUGGUGUCUUCUCCAAACUGUCAUGCAUGUGGGGUGAAAUAUGAUCUCAAGCAAGAAAAAUUUCUGUAACUCUCACUGGGAUUACUACCAAAGGAUAAACUGAGCAACAGUCCUGCCAAUAAUCUUUGUCUGGUAUUUUCAGAGCCUCAUAAGACAAAUGAUAAUCAAUAUAUAUAUUUUUUAUCAGCUUAGUUACUACAUCAUGAGGGUGUUCAUUUAAACAAAUGUUUUUUAAGUAACACUUUGAGUAAGCAGAUAUGUUGUAUUAUAAAUAGCAAUAACUACCUUAUUAUAUAAAAAUCCACUCCUUGUUGACAGACCACUCACAAACAGAAAAAAAAAAAAA